GCUGAAGUGACUGACACACCUCAGGCAGUCGGAGCAAGUGUUAGGAAGCAACCACACAAUAGCGUGAAAAUGAACUGGGCAUUUCUUCAGGGCCUCGUCAGUGGCGUCAAUAAGUACUCGACAGCUUUUGGUCGCUUAUGGCUGUCCCUGGUGUUCAUCUUCCGUCUGCUGGUGCUGCUGGUCGCUGCCGAGAAGGUGUGGGGUGACGAGCAGAAGGAGUUUGACUGCAACACCAGAGAGCCAGGCUGCCACAAUGUCUGUUAUGACCAUUUCUUUCCCAUAUCUCACUCUCGUCUAUGGGCACUCCAGCUCAUCUUUGUCACGUGCCCUUCUCUCCUGGUGGUCCUGCAUGUGGCGUACAGGGACGACCGUGAGCGUAAGCACCAGCUGAAGUAUGGUGAGGGCUGUUCUCAUCUCUACAGAGACACCAGCAAGAAGCGAGGGGGGCUGUGGUGGACAUAUCUCUUCAGCCUCAUCUUCAAGAUGGCAGUGGACGCCAUGUUCGUCUUUCUUGUGUUCUACAUUUACGAAGCCACCUUCUUUCCUUUGCUGGUGAGAUGUCAAGAGGCUCCCUGUCCUCAAGUGACUGACUGCUACAUCAGUCGUUCUACAGAGAAGCGCAUAUUCACCAUCUUCCUAGUGGUGGUCAGCUUGGUCUGUAUCUUGCUGACCCUUUGUGAGAUACUGUACCUCAUUUUUAAGCGCUGCCAUGAAUGUGCUGUCUCGCACAAACUCAACAAACGCGAGAGACGUAUUGCAACAAUCUCUUCUCAGGCUAGCAAACAUAAUCAGGAUAACAUGGUGGAGGAGUCAUUGUUCGACAAAGCUAACAGUCAUCCUCCAUCCAAGGACAUUAGCACUCCUGCGUACGUCUUAGCCUUGUCAUAAAUGAUCAACAAAGAUGAACAAAUAUGUGGUUUAUUCAAUAUUGUAUCCAUCAAUGUCAUCAAUAGCAAUCUAUAUAAAAUUAUCUGUCAUUAUAGAGGACGAGUAUGAGCAUGAAUUUUUAUCCCAUUUCUUAAGCUUAUUUACCUUGCUUACUUGCUUUUAAGUUCUUGUUUGUUUUAUUAAAAAAACAUAAUGAUUAGAUGAAGUGGUACUGAUUUUGUAUUUGAUGUCAUCUCAUAUUAUACUAUUUAUGGAACUACUGUAACACAACAGAGCUCUACUCUUUGUGUUUACUAUUUGUGUGUACUGUUUCUGUGAAGUUCUACAUUUCUCACUGUGUCCAUGUGGGUUUCCUCCGGGUUCUCCAGUUUUCUCCCACCAUCCAAAAACAUGCUUGUAGGUGGAUUGCUAAAACUGCUCCUAGGUGUGGCUAGGUGUGUGCCUGGUGCCUGGAAAUGGACUUGUAUCCGGUUUGAAUUCUCUUGCUUCACACCCUGUGUUCCCGAGUGUAUCCCUGACCAGGAUAAAGCAGUUACUGAAGAUGUAUAAAUGAAUGAAUGCAAUAAAACUAAACUAUAAAUAUGAUA